CGUAGGUCUCUUUCUGUGCUUGGGUGUCUCUGUGGUGCGUGCUGGGGGACAGCUCUCUUGGAAGGAGGUUUCUAAGGGGUCUCUGUUUUUGCAGGGGCUAUGUGGGAACGGGCUUCUCUUGAGGGGUCUUUGAGGAGGAUAUCUCAGGUCUUACAGGCUAUGCGGCUUUUCUGCAGCAGCUGUGAUGGGUUCUCAGCUUUCCCUCUCUGCUAAUAAUGUUGCCUCAAGGCAGAGGAAGAAUGGUGAUGAUGAUGAUGACUUACUUGAUAGCCGAGAUCGUGAGGAAGACAUUGCCAAGUUUCCGUAUGUUGAAUUCACAGGUCAGGACAGCAUCACCUGUCCCACUUGCCAAGGCACUGGCUGCAUUCCCACAGAACAGGUAAAUGAGUUGGUGGCUCUGAUACCCUACACUGACCAACGGCUGCGUCCACAGAGAACGAAGCAGUAUGUCCUGCUGUCGGUGCUGCUCUGCCUUCUGAUAUCAGGGCUGGUGGUUUUCUUUCUGUUUCCACAUUCUGUCCUUGUGGAUGAUGAAGGCAUUAAAGUGGUUCAAGUUUGGUUUGACAAGAAGAACUCUGUUGUCGUUCUUGCCAUCACGGCCACCUUAAGGAUCAGAAACUCCAACUUCUACUCUGUUACAGUGACCAGCCUGACUAGCCAGGUGCAGUACAUGAACACUGUUGUUGGAACCCAGCAGAUCACCAACGUCUCCUGCAUCCAGCCUUUGAGUGACAAACUGGUGAAUUUCACUGUGAAGGCAGAGUUGGGUGGACCUUUCUCUUAUGUGUAUUUCUUCUGCACGUUUCCCAAGGUCAAGGUACAUAACAUAGUGAUUUUUAUGAGAACAUCAGUGAAGCUCUCGUAUGUUGGCCAUGUGACCCAGAGCGCCUUGGAAAAGUACCAUUAUGUGGACUGCAGUACCAACUCCACAGCUUUCCCGGAGCCUCCGUCCCUGCCGACCCCAUCAGCGCGAGGGGUAACCAAAGAGAAGAGCGUGCCCUGAGGACACGGCUGAUAUUUUCUGUGGGAGGUGGUGGUGAGGAUGGAUUUCCCAUGGGAAUGCAUAGCUGUGGAAAGGACCAUGAACUUUCAAAUGGAAACAGAAGGAUUGCCAAUGACUUUGGGGAAUGCUGGCAGAGAUAUUUGGAAGCUCUGGGUCCCUUUCACACUAUUCCAUAUGCAGCUUGACUGAAUUGCUGGCCUGUCCCCAGAAUCUGUUUGGGAUGGUGUUCAUGUGCAAGCAAACAAGCGCCUUCCCAAAAUAAGGGACCUGCUGGGCUUGCCUUCAUCUUCAGUUCCAAAGAACAAGUUUUUAGUAGGGGACUGGGACUCUGAAUCGCCAUGCCUUGCAGUCCAAGGGUAAAACAGUGAGUUGAAUUUUGCAGCUGUUCUGAAGCUUAGCGCUGUUUCUGGUCCUUUCAGGGCAAACUGAUUAGUUCUGUGCAGGUAAUUGGUUCAUCAGUGGCAACACAUCAUCAGCAGAUUUCAAAGCAGGACUUGAUAGUCUCUGGGAGAUAGUCUCCCGCAAGGAAUGCGGAGAUAAGGCGUUCAGGCUUUAUCUGUGCAGAUGUAACUUGCAUUAGAUAGAAGUGUCAGUUCUUUUUUCCCAUCAAUGUGUGCCGCUUCUGUUGCGCAGAUUUUGCUUGCUGGCAGCUCUCUGGGACUGCCCACAGGGAAUCGAUACCAAAGCACUACAGUCUUAAUGAAGACAACCUCAGUAAGUGUAGUGCUGCUGGGGACGUGCUAAGGGACUACACAGCUUGGACUCUCCUCCCUCACGCAUAGCUCCAAAGCUGCUGCUCAGGGUGCACAUGGUGCUUGACAGCUGCAGGUUCCUCCGCCUCACUUUGUACUUGUGCCUGCUGCUUUCCUGAAGACUUGGGAUGGAUCUGUGAAGGGACAGUAUUGUAGAAUGCUAUUCUCUAUACAGCUGCCUGUUUUCCCUGUAGGAAAGGAUGUCUAAAGACUAAAUAUGCAAGUGCUGCUGUGUUGGUUUCCUUUUAGUGCCCUUCAGGGAAAUGAGUGCAGUUUUAAACUAAUUUUGGGCAAGUUAGUGUGAGUUUCUUGUUUCAAAGGCUUACCAUCCUUCUGGAACAAAGGGCUCCUGUAAGGUAUCAGGUACAUUCUUAAAUAAAUUGAAUGUGAAAGUUAAGCACAGCAUCCACUUUAGUUCUCUCUACAGACUUAGAGAAUUGCACAUCCUGCUUUUGUCCUUUAUAGUUUUUCUGGAACUCGAUCACCACAGCCUCCUGCGAGUGCAUCUACAUCUUUCCCUGGCUGUCUGUCUCUUGUGAGCUACAUUGUGCUAGUGUGAGUGGGCGUGUGUGGAAACAAAACACAAGUAAAGGCUGCAAAGGAAACCAGUAAGGUCAUGGUGUUUUUUCAAUGAAGGAACUUUAUUUUGGGUGAGCGUGUGUGUGGGGGGGAAAUACAUGUGUUUUUUUUAAGAAGUGGCACUUCUGCCUUGCAGAAUUUCUAGAAUUUAAUUUACUUAUUAAAUCUGAUUUGUAUAUUAUCAUGUGGUGUUGUCUGUUGGAAAUGAAAGAAACUGUGUUUCUCCUUUUGAAAUUA